AUGUUGCAUUGUCUAAGUUGGCGUAAUGAAAAGGUACUGCCGUUCCAUGUAUAUCCUCUGAUUACGUCUGUCUUACUCGCUUGGCUUGGUCACGGUGAGGAUUGGCUUGGCCGGGUUGGUCCGGCUGCCAGUCUGCGCGCAGAGUCCCAACCUAAAUUGAAUGCCAUUGGCUUUUGCUCAAAGUUCACCACGGACACAUUUACUACUACCUAUCUUACGUGA